AGGCCAGGAAAGAAAAACCAAAGGUGUGGUUCACAAUUCAACCUAAAUUCCAUCCAUCCUCCUAACCUCUACAACUCCAUAUAGAUAGCUUCCUUUUCCAACAAAACUGAAGUGUACUAUUUUAAAAAGUUCUAUUCGAUAAUAUCUAAGCCGAGCAACCGAACAUUAAAAAUAGCUUUCCAUCACAUGGGGCAACAUUGUCAUUUCAAAAUCUUCCACUCCCGGACCGCACCUCACUCCUUUCUGCACUCCCCGGAAAGCGUUUCCUUUUGGCUCUAAACAAACGGAUGGAAAUGGUCGCAGAUCACAUCUACGUUACUAUGGUUUGGACCAACUCCCACCAAACGUGGCUUAAACUCCAUAGCUAAACUCCAACACUGAAAGUUAGAACGAGCUUAUAAAAAAAAACACAUCCCCUCUUCCAUCUCCAUACAUUGGAAUCACAGAGACUUGCCCACAAGAACCCUUCACUUGCUUUCUCUUAGUACCACCCUAGUCCAGAACUCCACAUUACCGUAUGGCGUCUUCCAAGGACGGCAACAAGCGGUUGGUGGAGUCGCUGUACGAAGCGCUGGCGAGGGGCGAUGCAGAGGCGGUGGCAGGGAUGAUGGCGGAGGACGUGGAGUGGUGGUUCCACGGGCCGCGGCGGUGCGAACACAUGCGGCGGGUGCUGACCGGGGAGGCAGGGCACGGAGAUCACUUCCGGUUCGACCCACGGAGGGUGACGGAGGUGGGGGAGGGGGGGUGGGUGGUGGCGGAGGGGUGGGAGGGGGACCAGGCCUACUGGGUCCAUGCCUGGGACGUGGAGGACGGGGUCAUCACCCGGUUUAGGGAGUACUUCAACACCUGGGUCACUGUGAGGGAGCUCAGCCAGAUUUCCCUCGGGGCCAGCAGUGCUGCCAGGGGAAGCCGAGACUCCCCGGCCGUGUGGCAGAGUGAGGCCCGGGUGCACCUGCGACGCUCCCUGCCAGGGCUUGUACUCGCCAUUUGAUUCAUGUGCCUGCAUGCGAUUGAGUUCGACUUGGUGUGCUCCGGAUGAAUUCAGAGGUUGUCGGAAGUUUAGGUUCAAUAUAUGAAGGUGUGUGUGGUUCUCAACAGUCAGUAUGUUCGGCAGCGUACGUGAAUUUCUUGUCCUGAUUGGGCUGGCUAGAUAUUUAUAAACUUUGAUGAGCGACGCACAAUCUUUUAAUUCCCCAAAAACCAUUGUGAAUAAUGUGCAGGUGGAUGGUUUAUAUGGAAUAACUAGAACCCAAUAAUGGCAAGAUGAACCGGUUGCAGGUGUGGGACAACGAAUCUUAUAAGUUAAAUCGAUAAUAAAAAAAAAUUAGUACGUUGAUCUAUAAUUUAUAUAAAGAAGAGUUGAGUAUAUUAUGUGUUUAUGUUGACCUUGGUGCAAAACCAAAGCACCUAAUGAUAGAGCUCGGGGUGUAUCUUUUGCACGAGAUCUAAGAUUUUCUAAUUUGCAA